GUCCACAGUCUAUUAGGAAACGAAAUGAGUAAGUAGGCACUGUACAGGCCUCCAAACGGGAGUGCACAAACGAAAUGGAAAUAUUAGGAAAAUACCAGUAUUUCUCUUAUCUUUACAAGUGCGGAUAGUUAAAGCGGAUUAAAAAUCAUUGCGCCGCUGCUCUACACAAAGGCGGCAAGCUUUUUGAGAUUAUGAUUAGAAUCGUGAGCGCUUCGCUCUACAGGUGAGAAAAAAAAAAACGGAUGCCCGUGUCGAUCCAUAUUUCGCCAAGUUUACGUGGGUCCGAAGCGUUGCACAGUUUCGUGGCAGUACACUUGCAAUCGUCACGCUUAAAACAAGUGUUUACUCCGAAACAACAAACGAAAAUUUUCCCUUCAACGGAUCAUGGCUAAAGAAAAGAACGGCAAAGAAACCACCAAACUGACGACAGCUCCGCUUAACGUUAAGCCCAAAAAUGUCAAAUUGGUGCCUCCGGAUGGCGGAUGGGGUUGGGUCAUCAUCUUAGGUACGAGCAUCAAUCUGAUGGUACUCCCGACGGCCGUGACUUGUUUCGGUGUUCUGGUGCCAUUUAUCAUUCGCGAGUACGAAUCCGCAAACAUUGCAGGCGUCUCAUGGAUUCCCGGAAUAGCUGUUGCCGUCCUCAACUUGACAGGUCCGUGGGUCUCUGCCAUGUUGAAGAUUUACUCCCACCGACGUCUAGCAGCUAUUGGCUCCGUCACGAUGGUGGUGGCCAUCAUAGCAUCCUCUUUCGCCGGAAGUAUGCUCAUUUGGUAUGCAACUUACGGACUCUUGCUAGGAUUUGGCUGCAGCCUCAGCGGUGUCAUGGGUCUUCUGCUAUUACAAGAAUAUUUCCUGAAACGCCGGCAUUUAGCUAAUGGAAUCGCCAUGGCCGGAGGAUCGAUUGGACAGAUGUUGAUUCCACUCAUCAUGCAAAGCUUGUUUGAUGGAUUCGGACUUCGUGGCGGAUUGUUGAUCUAUUCCGGCGUCGUGUUGCAAGCACUGGUGGCUGCUCUCCUUCUUCAGCCGUCUAGGUGGCACUGGAAAUUAGACGACACUCCAAACGUUGAGGUUGAAUUGCUUGAGAAGCGUCCCGAAACACCGCCGGUCCUACGAGAAGUGGAAACUCUUUCGGCUGGUGGUAAAAGUCGACCGACCAGCUGGACUGGUAACGUCAUGGUCAAGGCAUCAGCCGAUAUCCGGCGAGUUCAACAGAUGGAUGGAGACAUAAGCAGAUUGCGAUCGCGAUCAGUAAUCAGUGGACGGGGUAGCAUUCACGACUCUUUGGCCGGUGAUUCCAGGCCACCAUCUAUGCAUGUCCUGAAUUACCUGGGUAGCGUAGGCUCCUUGAUUUCUCUGGAGCAGAAAACGGCCCAAGAGUUGCCAGUCACCAUGUCCCUGUCAAAGAUGAGGGGACAACUCAAAACCAGGACUCAGGUUGACGAACGACCCAAAUGGCUCCGCUUUAUGCCACGAUGCCCAAAGGCUUCCAGCAUCCUCGAUCUGAACUUGAUUAAGGAUCCUUUCUUCAUCGUCAUGUCCGUCGCUAUGGCGUUGGGCCGUCUGUCCUACCAACAGUUCAACGUUUUCGUUCCAUCAUUCGCUCAAAGUGUUGGGGUUCCACCGACAGCCGCCGCAUCUCUCGUCACCAUCUUGGCUGCCUCAGAUACCGUCGCCCGCCUUGCCGUUCCGAUCCUGGCCGAUAAGUUUUCCAAAUACAUUACGACCCUCACCGUCUUUUUCAUCGAAUUCGCCAUCUGUGCCGUUGGCAGUUUUGCCAUCGCAUUAUCAUCCGAUUUCGUCGGUAUGGUAAUUAGUUGCGUCAUCUACGGAAUCGGUAUUGGUGGCAUCACUGGCCUGCAAGUCGUCGUCAUCGUACAAACUCUCGGAAUGGACAAACUAGCCUCCGCUUUCGGCCUCAAUCUUUUCAUUGGUGGACUAGUGGUUUUCCCAGGAAUCAUCAUCAUCGGCUACAUCCAAGUGUUAACCGCAAGUUUCUCCAUAUGUUUCCACAUUGUCGGCGGCAUCUGUAUCCUUUGUUGCUGCUUGUGGGCGCCGCUGCCAAUGAUGUUACGUCGAAGAAACGCCAACCUACCGAAAUAAUACAGAAUCAAAAUGAAUUUGUUGAUAACCGUUUUUUAAAUCUCGUCAGGAAUAAUUCCCGCCGUAUUUUCAUGUCAGAUUCCCGCCUCAUAGUUUCUAAUACAAAAUGUGUGUCGUAAAUGAAUUGACGAAUUCCUCUGAUUGCGUCAACGAGAAAAAAAUAUUUACAGAACGAACUGGCGAAGAAAGGGCAAAACUACGACGCUGUGGUUCCAGUUGAAAUGUCGGAGAGGGAACACGAGUUUCUGGUCACGCGUGAGCAAGUGCAAAGUCACGGGGGACGUUCGUCGCUGAUAACCAUUGGACAGAAUAAACACAGCGUAGCUGCAGUGUGUGUGUGUGUGUGUGUGUGUGUGUGGUGGCGCAGAUUCGGUGAAGAAUUGCACACGGCGGAUGCCUCUCGACAACAAAGACGACGACGUCAUUUGCCCCACUAAAAGAAAAAAAUAAAAAGAUGAAAAAUAAAAAAAGGACUUUUUCAGGCGUAUCUGAGUUUGGAACAUUGCCAAAGAAACAUAAACACACGUUCGCCCUUCUGUUUUCGCAGUAUAAAAAUCGGCGGAAACUCUGGUCACGUCGCAAUUGAAAACCCGCAUCCAUAGCAACUGGAACUGUUCUCUCUCAACUGACAACGAGCGACUGGCGUCAAAUUUCUACAAAAGGGAAUUAUUUUUAAAGUCUUCUUUGAUCCGUGACAUCUUUUCGGAAAAAUCACCGCACAUCGUCAAGAUUUGAGGACAUUUCAACUUUAAUCCCGUUU